UGGGAUGACCAAGCGCCCCGAUGCUGGGUGCCGCCAUCUGAGCGACAAGGAGCAGUGUAGGUCGUGAUGCCCUGAAAAGUAGCGGUGGUGCUUAUCACUACGGAGCGUCCUGCUGGCCGGCCAAGGCUAGCAGGCUUGGACUUGCAUUUGGAGCAAGAUGCGGCCUUGCCGCUGUCUCGCUUCUCUCACCUACCUCAUGCGUUCCUGGGGGCGGGGUUGCAUGUUUUUACUUCCGGAUCCCACAUCCACGACACCGGAAGCCGGUAGCGGGGAUUUCGACUCGGAAGAGAGGGCGACCGCAGUACUGGGACUUUCUCAGAGCGCCGGGGCCGUAGGAGCGCUAGCAGCCUGCGGCUCCCCCCUCCUCACGUCUGACCGACUCUGCUGACAGGUGUGGUCUUCUUCCCCGAAGACAGGAUUCCAUCGACGGGUGGUCCGCCGCCUCCGGGACUCCCCUAGACGUUCAGGCUCCCCCUCCUGUUGGGCCCGGGCCUGUUCCUGCCGCGCGCUUCUGCAACUCUGGCCAAAGCGGGCCGACUCAGGACACAGGUUACUUGAGCGGCGAGCGGGAUUGUUUCAGCCCUUCCCUCCACCGCUGCCGCGGAGUCUGAUCAUACCUCUAGUGCGAGGACUCUUCUAGUUUGGAAACAUUUGUUCAACGUUGAAUGAUCUUGAAAUCGUUGAAUUCUUUAAAAAGGCCUCAAAUAUAGUUUGGCAGCCAAGUAUCUUAUCUCGGGUGCCUCAGUUUGCUCACUUUGCAAAACGAUUAAUAUCUGUCCGCCCUGUUACCACUCUGUGACCUGAGAAUGAAUGGGCCAUCCUGGCACAUUCAAGGAACAGCAAGGAGGCUGGAGCAGAGUGAACAGUGACUUGUUGGAUGAGCAGGCACCUCUGGAAGAAUCAGCUGUGUGAGAUGGUACAGCCCAGUGGUGGCCCGGCAGGGGACCAGGACGUGCUGUGUGAAGAGUCUUCUCUGGGGAAGCCAGCCAUGCUGCAUCUACCUUCAGAGCAGGCCAGUUCUGAAGCCCUCCAGCGCUGUCUGGAAGAGAAUCAAGAGCUCCGAGAUGCCAUCCGGCAGAGCAACCAGAUGCUGCGAGAGCGCUGUGAGGAGCUGCUGCGUUUCCAAGUCAGCCAGAGGGAAGAGAAGGAGUUCCUCAUGCACAAAUUCCAGGAGGCCAAGAAACUGGUGGAGAGACUCAGCCUGGAAAAGCUUGACCUGAGGAGGCAGAGGGAGCAGGCCCUGCAGGAGGUGGAGCACCUGAAGAGAUGCCAGCAGCAGAUGGCUGAGGACAAGGCUUCUGUGAAAGCCCAGGUGACAUCCUUGCUCGGGGAGCUCCAAGAGAGCCAGAGUUGCCUGGAGGCUGCCACUAAGGAAUGUCAGACUUUGGAGGGCAGGGCCCGGGCAGCCAGUGAGCAGGCCAGGCAGCUGGAGAGCGAGUGUGAGGCGCUGCAGCAACAGCACAGUGUGCAGGUGGACCAGCUGCGCAUGCAGAACCAGAGCAUGGAGGCCGCGCUGCGCAUGGAGCGCCAGGCUGCCUCGGAGGAGAAGCGGAAGCUGGCCCAGUUGCAGGUGGCCUAUCACCAGCUCUUCCAAGAGUAUGACAGCCACAUCAAGAGUAGCGUGGUGAGCAACGAGCGAAAGCGAGGAAUACAGCUGGAAGAUCUUAAGCAACGGCUCCAGCAGGCCGAAGAGGCACUGGUGGCCAAACAGGAAGUGAUCGACAAACUGAAGGAAGAGGCAGAGCAGCACAAGAUUGUGAUGGAGACUGUUCCAGUCCUGAAGGCCCAGGCCGAUAUCUACAAGGCAGACUUCCAGGCUGAGAGGCAGGCCCGGGAGAAGCUGGCUGAAAAGAAGGAGCUUCUGCAGGAGCAGGUGGAGCAACUGCAGCGGGAGUACUCUAAGUUGAAGGCCAGCUGUCAGGAGUCUGCCAGGAUUGAGGAUAUGAGGAAGCGGCACAUAGAGGUCUCCCAGGCCCCGUUGCCCCCCGCACCAGCCCACUCCUUUCAUCUGGCCCUGCCCAGCCAGAGGAGAAGCCCCCCCGAAGAGCCACCUGACUUCUGCUGUCCCAAGUGCCAGUAUCAGGCUCCUGAUAUGGACACCCUGCAGAUACAUGUCAUGGAGUGCAUUGAGUAGGACCAGCGAGCACAAGGCCACCUGCAGAUGACACGCCCUGGACCAUGCAGUCUCUGCUUUCCUCUCUCACCUGCCUAGUCUAGGAUUAAGGGCUAGGUGACAAAGAGUGGGCCACUGCUUCACGCACUAGGAGCUGGCUGCAAUGCUUUAUGCUUCAGCCCUAUUAGCCUGCUGAGCCACCUUUUAGGUUGAGCCUGAUGCUCUACUCUUCGUUCCAUUCUGUCUGCUUGAGCUGCUUGCCUCCGGGGGCUAAUCCCUCCCCAUCCUUCCACUCGCCACCCAGGAAAUCAAGAAUGGAGGCCAGGGGCUCUCAGGGAGAGCUGCACCCCUAUGCAGAACUGGUCAGCAGCUCUUCCUCCCACCGGCUGCCAGGUCACCCUCUCCUGUGUUCCAGCGCUCUUACCGCACACACCACUGCGCUCAUUGGCAGUGUGCUGUUCCAUUUUGUGGCCAUAGCAUGGUUCAUUUAACUAGUCCCAAUUGAUGGACAUUUGGAUUGUUUUCAGUCUUUUUGCUAUCAUAAAUAAUGGUACAGUGAAAAUC